UGGUAAUUUUCAUCACCUCAAUCAUCCCCAAUCUUUCCUGCUUUUCUCUCACUUACAGCAAGAAUACAUAUUAGCUAGCUUAGCUCAGGACUCAGGAGGCGCUGUUUCCCAAAGAACCCAUCUGGCUUAGAAGUUAGAUCUCUUUCUUUCACGCUCACCGACGACCACUUCCACUUCAAAUUUCAAAACCCUAUGGAUUCUUCCCAUCCCAACUGGCUCGCCUUCUCGCUUUCCAACCAUCCUCUCUUUGAAGCCUUCAACUCCCCUACUUCCUCCAGUGGGGCGGUUAUUAGAGCUGAAGAAGAUAAUGGAAACAAUGGUGCAAGUGUGACUGCAGCAGCAGAUUUAUCAACAGUUCUCAACUGUUCUAGCCCCAAGCUUGAGGAUUUCUUGGGUGGUGGGUCUAAUGGUUCUUGUUCUUCUGCUGAUGUUUGUCAGUUUGGCGGGGGAAAUCAGACUUCAGCUUUGAUUAACGCGGACGUGUAUGAUUCGGAGCUUAAAUCAAUAGCGGCUAGCUUUUUACGUGGAUAUUCAACCGAGCAGGCUGAAUCCCAGAAGCAGUUGGCAGCUGUUCCACUGGCUCCUGAGCCGCCUGCGAAGAAGGCGGUCGAGACUUUUGGCCAACGUACGUCUAUUUUCAGAGGGGUUACUAGGCAUAGGUGGACCGGAAGAUAUGAAGCCCAUUUGUGGGAUAAUACUUGCAGAAGAGAAGGGCAAAGUCGCAAGGGAAGGCAAGUUUAUCUGGGUGGAUAUGACAAAGAAGAGAAAGCAGCUAGGGCUUAUGAUCUCGCCGCCCUUAAAUACUGGGGUCCGACCACCACCACAAAUUUUCCGGUGUCUAACUAUGAGAAGGAACUGGAGGAAAUGAAGCACAUGACUAGGCAAGAAUUUGUUGCUUCUCUUAGGAGGAAAAGUAGCGGGUUUUCUAGAGGGGCAUCAAUCUACAGAGGAGUCACUAGGCACCAUCAACAUGGACGUUGGCAAGCUAGAAUAGGAAGGGUUGCUGGCAACAAAGAUCUCUACCUUGGGACCUUCAGUACCCAGGAAGAAGCAGCAGAGGCUUAUGACAUUGCUGCAAUCAAAUUUAGAGGCCUGAACGCCGUGACAAAUUUCGACAUCAGCCGUUACGACGUAAAAAGCAUAGCAAGCAGCAAUCUCCCGGUUGGAGGAAUCAGCAACAAUAAAUCCAACAACAACAACAAGACAUCAUCAGAUUCUUUAUCUGAUAACAAGAGCGGUGACGGAAGCAACCGGUCAGAUGACCGAGACCACUCCUCAGCCACCUCGGUUUCCUUUGUUUCUCAGCCUUCAACAUCAGCUCUCGGCUUUGGUUUGCCCAUCAAACAAAACUCCCCAUCAACCUCCGAUUUUUGGUCUAGCCUCGGCUACCACAAUAAUAAUGUCACUGCCAAAAUCCCAACUCCUACAGCUAUCCCACUUUUCCAAAAUCCCAGUACCCCAAAUGGUACAACAUUGCAGUGUACAACACCCUCCUUCAACGUGGACUACCCAACUAAUAAUAAUAAUAAUGGCUACUUCAGUGGUGGAGGGUACUUUCAGCAGCAGCAUCAGCAGAGUAAUGUUCUUGGUGGUGGUGGUGGUGGUAAUGGUAAUGGUACAGGUACUAAUAGUUCAAGUCCAAGUGAACAAGUUCCAUUUGUGACAAGAAUUGCAUUAGGCAGCAGCAAUGGGACUGGCAGUACUUAUGAUGCUGCCAAUUUUGGUAAUUGGAUUUCGCCAACCCUUCAUUCAUUCCAACCUGCAAAGCCAAAUCUAUCAGUGUUCCAGACGCCAAUUUUUGGAAUGGAAUGAGCCCAUCAAAGAUUUAUUUAUGGAAAUGAAGGACGGGGAAAUUGAAAGGGGACAGACGGGGAGCAGAGAAGUGAAUGCUGUUUAUGAGUUUGCUUAACAUAAAAUGGUGGGUUGGUCAAAAGGGCUAGAAAAACUUUUACUUUUUGCAUGGGAUGGUAUAAUGGGACUGACAAUCAUUUCACAGCAAAGCAAAAACUAGCAGCGGAGUACUUGCUAACUGAAUCUUUUGUUUUGGUCUUUUCCCUUCUUUUGUUCUUUUUCUCCUUUACCUUUCUUUUCUUGUCCCGCUUUAGGACUGACAUGAUUAAUCACGGUAUAAUGGAAAAGAAAAAUCCUUUUGUAAUUAAUCCUUUGUCUGCUAGCUAGCUAGUUCCAAUCUUGUGAACAUCCUCCUUUUCAGCGUUUAUUUACUACAUUUUGUAGAUUAAACAUUGUAGCAAUGCUGUAUUAAUGUGCAGUGGUGGAGCCCUGUUCCUGUU